UUUCUAAGGACGUCGUAUCAGGAACUGGUGUUCGGGCAAAAACAUUUCUGACGUUGUAUUUGGGGCCAAGGCUACCUCCUCUGUCAGUGGUUCCCUGGUCUCUAUCAACAUGUCUGCUAUUGUUGGAGCAGAAAUGGAUCCACAGAUCUGAUUGGUCCACAUAGCUGCUAAAAGAUGGAUUUCCCUCAAGAGGGAGAGGAUGCUGUUGGUGGAAAUCAGACAGGCAGAGGAGCAUGUGCCGUGUCCAGCCACGUGUCCAUGAAGAAUGAGGAGCCCGUUACUGAUGGGCACCAGGGGGUCAGCACAGGAAGAGUGCUGUCUUAUCCAAGACCACAGACACACAGACCAGUGUCUCCAGUGCCCAGCUGUGUGUCCAUGAAGAGUGAGGGGUCCAUGCAUCAACCGCACAAUUUCAGCAGUGGACUGCAGUCUAAUCCAAAACCACAGUCACACAGACCAGUGUCUCCAGUGCCCAGCUGUGUGUCCAUGAAGAGUGACCAGUCCAUGCCUGAACCGUACAAUUUCAGCAGUAGACCACCACUGUCUGAUUCAAAACCACAGACACACAGACCAGUGUCUCCAGUGCCCAGCUGUGUGUCCAUGAAGAGUGACCAGUCCAUGCCUGAACCGUACAAUUUCAGCAGUAGACCACCACUGUCUGAUUCAAAACCACAGACACACAGACCAGUGUCUCCGGUGCCCAGCUGUGUGUCCAUGAAGAGUGACCAGUCCAUGCCUGAACCGUACAAUUUCAGCAGUAGACCACCACUGUCUGAUUCAAAACCACAGACACACAGACCAGCGUCUCCGGUGCCCAGCUGUGUGUCCAUGAAGAGUGACCAGUCCAUGCCUGAACCGUACAAUUUCAGCAGUGGACCACCACUGUCUGAUUCAAAGAAUAUACUGACCCAGGAUCAGUCCAGGUGUGGAGUGUGUGAGCAGCUACUGAGGGACCCAGUCAUCACCAGCUGUGGACACAGUUUCUGCAGGCAGUGCAUCAGCAGCUACUGGAGCCAGUCUGGUCCAUCAGGAGACUACAGCUGCCCCCAGUGCAGAAAGAGACCCAGAACACAACCCAUUAUGAACCCUGACAUGACUCAACCACUGUACCCGUCUACAGACAUGGCACAGCCUCACUUAUACCCACCUACAGCCAAGGCACAACCUCAAUUAUACCCAUCUACAGCCAUGGCACAACCUCACUUAUACCCACCUACAGCCAUGGAACAGCCUCCAUCAUACCAACACAGUGAAAUGGCACUUCAUCUGAACCCAUCUGCAAACAUGGCACAAGUUCCUCCAUCCCCACACACAGACACGGGGCAGCAUUCUCAGUACUCAAACUCAGCCAUGGGGCAGCACAAUCAUCCACACAUCCAGUACCCUCUUUAUCCUCACAUCCACACGGCACAGAUCUCUCCACAGCCACCCUUAGAUGAGCACACAGUCAUGACAGGCAGCACCCAUCUGCAAACUGAGCAUGUGCCAGUCAAAAGGGCCAAACGAACAGAUGACGAUGUCCUCACCAGAGUACUGAUGACCCAUAAAGCCAUCAUGAAGAGGAGGUUUGAGAGCAUAUGUGAAGGCAUCAUAAGGUCAGGGACUCAAACACUCCUGAACAAGAUCUACACAGAGCUCUACAUCACAGAGGGGGAGAGUGAAGGGGUGAAUAAUGAGCAUGAGGUUUGGCAGGUAGAGUCAGCAUCCAGGCCACAAACGACAGAAGACACGGCAAUCAACUGUAAUGAUAUCUUCAAGCCCUUACCUGGACAGGAGAGACACAUCAGAACUGUCAUGACCAAGGGGAUCGCUGGUAUUGGAAAAACUGUCUCAGUGCAGAAGUUUAUCCUUGACUGGGCAGAGGAGAGAGCUAACCAGGAUGUAGAUUUCAUGUUUGUGCUUCCGUUCCGUGAGCUGAAUUUGGUCAAACAUGAUCAGUACAGUCUUCACAGGCUCCUGCUUGACUUCCACCCUGAGCUUAGAGAGCUACAGGAUGGUGAAUACAAAGACUGCUGCAUUGUGUUCAUUUUUGAUGGGCUGGAUGAGAGUAGACUUCCACUGAAUUUCCCAGGGAACCAGACUUUGUCUGAUGUGACACAAACAUCAUCGGUGGAUGUGCUGAUGACGAGCCUCAUUCAGGGAACUCUUCUUUCCUCUGCUCUCAUCUGGAUAACCUCUCGACCAGCAGCAACCAGUCAGAUCCCUUCUCAGUGCAUCAGUCAGGUGACUGAAGUACGAGGGUUCAAUGACCCACAGAAGGAAGAGUACUUCAGGAAGAGGAUCAGCGACCAGAAUCAAGCCAACAGAAUCGUCUCACACAUUAAGGAAUCCAGAAGUCUUCACAUCAUGUGUCACAUGCCAGUCUUCUGUUGGAUCUCAGCCACUGUCCUUCAGCAGAUACUGGAACAGGAUGAUGGGAAGGAAGCCCCCAAAACUCUGACUGAGAUGUUUAUACACUUCCUGCUUAUCCAGACCACCAGGAAGAACCAGAAGUAUCAAGAGGAAAGUGAGACAAAUAGACAGAGGCUCCUGGAGUCACACAAGGGUGUCAUAUUGAAACUAGCAGAGCUGGCCUUCAAGCAUCUGGAGAAUGGCAAUCUCAUGUUCUAUGAGGAAGACCUGAGUGAGUGUGGCAUCAAUGCCAGUGAAGCUUCAGUUUACUCUGGCAUGUGCACUGAGAUCUUCAGGGAGGAAUGUGUGUUUCACCACAAGAAGGUCUACUGCUUUGUCCAUCUGAGCAUCCAGGAGUUUCUUGCUGCACUUCAUUUGUUUGCCUCCUACUUGAGUAAGAACAUGGAGGUCCUGAAACCAUUUCUUAGCAGAAAAUCCAGGUCUUUGCCAGAUGUGCCUCUCGAUGACCUGCUGAAGAAUGCAGUGAACAAAGCUUUGGAAAGCAGGAAUGGACACCUUGAUUUGUUUGUUCGCUUUCUUCAUGGCAUUUCUCUGGUGUCAAAUCAGAGACUUUUGCUUGGCCUCCUGAUACACACACACAGCAGCCCAGAGAGUGUGAAGAAAACGAUCAAGAACCUGAAAGUGAUGCAGAGGCAAAAUAUCUCCCCCGAGAGGUGCAUCAAUCUGUUCCACUGCCUGGUGGAAAUGCAUGACUCUUCUGUUCAUGAUGAAAUCCAGGCUUUCCUGAAGGCAGAGAAAGGUGCCGUGAAACAGCUCACACUGGCUCACUGCUCAGCCUUGGCUCAUGUGCUUCUGAUGUCUGAUGAGGUGCUGGAUGAGUUUGACCUGAGGAAAUACAAAACCUCUCCAGAAGGUCGCAGGAGACUGGUUCCAGCUGUGAGAUGCUGUAGGAAGGCUGUACUUGCUGACUGUAAGCUAACAGAGAAGUCCUGUGAGAUUGUGGCCUCAGCUCUGCAGUCUGCAAACUCCCCCUUAAGAGAGCUGGACCUGAGUCAGAAUGACCUGCAAAAUUCAGGAGAUAAGCUGUUCUCUGCCGUACAGAGUCCAAACUGCAAACUGGAGACUCUGAGACUUGUUGGCUGUAAACUAAAAGGACAAUUGCUGGCCCUUACUCUUCAGUGGGCAAACUCCCACCUAAGAGAGCUGGACAUCAGUGACAGUGAGCUUCAGGACUGUGAAGGAGAACUGCCCCAUCAACCACUGAAUCAAGACUGUAAAGUGAGACUCAUCAGCCGUGGACUCAAAGACAGCUCCUGUGUGGUUGUGGUCUCAGUUUUGGGGUCAUGUAUUUCUCAACUGAGUGAGUUGGACAUGAGUGGCUGUGAUCUGCAAACAUCAGACGAGAAGAAGCUCUCUGGUCUUAGAAACCCAAACUGCCGACUGGAGAAACUGAGACUGGUUGGCUGUAAACUGAGAGGAAGAUUUUUGGCCUUGACUCUUCAGUGGGCAAACUCCCACCUAAGAGAGCUGGACAUCAGUGACAGUGAGCUUCAGGACUGUGGAGGAGAACUGCUCCAUCAACCACUGAAUCAAGACUGUAAAGUGAGACUCAUCAGCCGUAGACUCAAAGACAGCUCCUCUGAGGUUGUGGUCUCAGUUCUGCAGUCAUAUAUUUCUCAACUGAGUGAGUUGGACAUGAGUGGCUGUGAUCUGCAAACAUCAGAAGAGAAGCUGCUCUCUGGUCUUAGAGAUCCAAACUGCCACCUGGAGAAACUGAGACUUGCUGGCUGUAAACUGAGAGGAAGAUUUCUGGCCUUGACUCUUCAGUGGGCAAACUCCCACCUAAGAGAGCUGGACAUCAGUGACAGUGAGCUUCAGGACUGUGGAGGAGAACUGCUCCAUCAACCACUGAAUCAAGACUGUAAAGUGAGACUCAUCAGCUGUAGACUCAAAUGCAGCUCCUGUGAGGUUGUGGUCUCAGUUCUGCAGUCAUAUAAUUCUCAGCUGAGUGAGGUGGACAUGAGUGGCUGUGAUCUGCAAACAUCAGAAGAGAAGCUGCUCUCUGGUCUUAGAAACCCAAACUGCCACCUGGACAAACUGAGACUUGCUGGUUGUAAGCUAACAGAGGAAUCCUGUAAGGCUGUAGCCUCUGCUUUGCAGUCCUCCAUCUCCUUAAAGGAACUGGACCUGAGUCACAAUGACCUGAAGGAGUCUGGAGUUCAGCUUCUCUCUACAGGACUCAGUAGCCCUCACUGUAUACUGACAUCUUUAAGACUUGCUGGUUGUGUGCUAACAGAGGAAUCCUGUAAGGCUGUAGCCUCUGCUUUGCAGUCCUCCAUCUCCCUAAAGGAACUGGACCUGAGUCACAAUGACCUGAAGGAGUCUGGAGUUCAGCAUCUCUCUACAGGACUCAGUAGCCCUCACUGUAAACUGCAGACUUUAAGGCUCAAUCUGUGCCACCUCUCUAAAGCAAGCUGUGAAAUGAUGGCAUCCGUGCUGCAAAGUGCACCUUCCCAUCUGAGAGAACUGGACAUGAGUGACAAUGACCUGCAGGAUGAAGGAGUGGAGCUGUUCUGUGCAGGACUAAGAGAUCCACAAUGCAAGCUGGACACACUGAGACUGUCUGGUUGUCUCAUCACACAUGAGGGCUGUUCUCUCUUGUCCUCUGCCCUCAAAUCAAACCCCUCCUACCUGAAACAGCUGGAUCUGAGCUACAAUCACCCAGGAGACUCAGGUGUCAGAGAGCUCACAGACAGACUGAAUGAUCCCAUCUGUAAACUAGAGACGUUGAGGUAUGACUAUGGAGGAGAGUACAGGAUUAAACCAGGACUCAGAAAAUAUGCCUGUGAGCUCACACUGGACCCAAACACAGCAUACAGAUAUCUCUCUCUCUCUGAGGGGAACAGAAAGGUGACAUAUGGGCAGCAGCAGCAGCCGUAUCCUGACCACCCAGAGAGAUUUGACUCCCAGUGGCAGGUGCUGUGUAGAGAGGGUCUGUCUGGACACCACCCAGAGAGAUGUGACAGUCUGGGUCAGAGUCUAGUCAGCACGGGUCAGUCUGGACGCUACUACUGGGAGGCUGAGUGGAGUGGUCUCGGAGCUGAUAUAGCAGUGGCCUAUAAAAGCAUGGAGAGGAAAGGGAGUGGGGACAGCAGCAGAUUUGGACAUAAUGACAAGUCCUGGAGUCUGCAGUGCUCUAGUAACAGGUACUCUGCCAGGCACAAUAAUAAGGAGACUGCCAUACCUGCCCCCUGCUCCAACAACGUAGGAGUGUACCUGGACUGGCCAGCAGGCACUCUGUCCUUCUACAGCAUCUCCUCUAACACACUCACCCACCUGCACACGUUCCACUCCACAUUCACUGAGCCCCUCUAUCCUGGGUUUUUUCUUGUCUUUAAAUGCUCAAUGUCCCUGUGCCAAAUCACAUGAUCUCCUAAUCCUGCAGCAGAGGAGAGCCACAUACUCUGUGUGUGUGUGUGUGUGUGUGUGUGUGUGUGUGUGUGUGUGUGUGUGUGUGUGUGUGUGUGUGUGUGUGUGUGUGUGUGUGUGUGUGUGUGUGUGUGUGUGUGUGUGUGUGUGUGUGUGUGUGUGUCUGUGUUUGUGUGUGUGUGUGUGUGCGUGCGCGUGUUUGUGUGUGUGUGUGUGUGUGUGUGUGCGUGCGCGUGUUUGUGUUCCUUCUCUUGCCUCCUCUGUGUUACAUCUUCCCUCUCACUGUUCCCCCUGUUCACUGUUUGCUGCUCCUUCUGUUUCUUUGUGUGUGUGUGUGUGUGUGUGUGUGUGUGUGUGUGUGUGUGUGUGUGUGUGUGUUCCUUCUCUUGCCUCUCUAGCAUCUUCCCUCUCACUGUUCCCCCUGUGUUUGCCCCUCACUCUGUUACUCUCUUUUUCUGAGUGUGUGCUUGUGUGUGUGUGUGCUUGCGUUUGUGUCCAUAGGAGAGGAGAGCCACAAACUCCUGUUUACACAUUCCUGUGUGUGUUUCUUCUAUUACAUUCAUCUGAGAUGUAUCAAAUCCCUCUGGCAUUUGCUUCUUUCUCGUUUUCUUUUGUGUGUGUGUGUGUGUGUGUGUGUGUGUGUGUGUGUGUGUGUUUGUGUGUUUAUCAGAUGAUGUGUUGAAUUUCUUACAAUAUGAACCUCAUAUAUUGUAUGUGUUCUGUAGAUUAAAAGAUGAACAUACAGUAAGAGUGGACAGAUUUUCUCACGGCUAGGAGUGUUAAUCCGCUGUUAUUUUACAUAUAUAUUCUGACAUAUAUUCGAGAGUGAGAGGGAGGGAAGGGGAGUUAUUUUAUUUGAAUAAUAAAUUAAAUAUGUAAUCGGUGAAUUGGAUAAAAUGUUUUUGGUUCGAUGUGUAUAUAAAAAGGGGAACAGAAUGUGAUUCAUAGGAAAAUGAAAUACAAAUAAAUAAAUAUAAUAUACAUGAAAUAAAAAAA